CUUCCUCUCAGCUAAGUGAUACAUUCGACAUGACGAAUAAGCAUAAUUAAUGGCCCCCCUUAUGUUAAGAAUUUUAUUAAUGUUUUUCUUCGCUCGCGAAUAAACGUAUGUACACGUGAGCCGUGUACAUAUAUGUUCGUGCCUUCGUGUAAUUCGAGCAAACACCCCCGUGAGUAAAUUUUUGGCGGGAAUUAUACACAAAGCCUCUAACCCUUUGCAACGGCAUUUUCGAUGAGAAUUUCACAAAAUGGAAACUAAGAGUACCACCCAAGCAUCCAAUCUGAGUGAACAGAAUGAGGCUAAGUCAACGUACGAACAAAUUGAAAAGGAUAGAGUCCAACUGGUAUCCAAGAUAGAAGAGUUAUACCAGGAUGUCGUCGAACACAAACUUGUUCUGGAAGCCUUGGAGAAUGUCCCCUCAGACAGACGGUGCUACAGAAUGGUUGGAGAAAUACUGGUCGAAAGAACUGUUGGCGAGAUUAAACCAGCUUUGGUAGAUCAUAAGAACAAGGUGGAACAAAUCAUAGCCGAGUGCCAGAAGAAGUUGGACGAAAAGAACUCCGAACUUACACAAUUUGUGAAAAAUGCAAAGACGGCCAUAUCACCAACCGACCUUGCUUCGAAGAAGCCUCAAGAUAGCAAUGGCAAUUUUAGCGACAAAGACAAAAAGACGGAAGGGAUUAUGUUUUAA